CCCAAGAUGCUUUAUUUUUCCAUGGAGGUCAAGAAGAUUAUGUAUUCUAGCCAGGCCUGAUAGAUUUUCUGGAAAACCAGACUUGUUUCAUUUUCAGAUGUUUCAAGAUAUUUGUAUAUGGACAAAAUGAAUAAGUAUUUACACUCGCGCAUUAAGUUUUAAUAUUGAAUAUUUACACAAAAUGGCCACCAGACGUAAAUCUAAAAAACAAAAUGAGGCGACAAAGAUCGAUGAAAAAGAACACGCAGAUCGUAUUGCCGCCGCGGAGGCAAUGUCAUGUUUAUCAUCUAUGGUUCUUUUGCCAUCAAAUUCUGACGAAUUAUUUUCAUUAAGUAUUGGUUCCAACGUAACUGUAGCGAAAAGUGCACCUGUUGAUACAAAAAACAAUGCCAAGUCAGCAACAAGUAACGCCAACAAAAAGGGAAAAACCAGAACCAGGGCGACUAAAAAUUCCCAGACACCAACAAGUAAAAAGGCCCAGACUGAAAAAGACAAAAACGCAGCAUCAACAAUUAAACAAAAACACAAAUCACCAAAAUAUGCUUCAACUUUAGCUGUUUCAAGUAGUAAACAAAACAAAUUGCCAGACCAGGUUUUAUCAUUGACAAUUAACCCAAGAAACCCAAACCAUGAACUGAAAAAGGUUGAAACCCCCAAAACACACAAUAAAGAUCCAAAGAAUGCUGAAGAACAAGUUGCACAGCAACCAGGGUUGACACCACCAUAUAUACAAAUUGAGCCAUUAGUUGCACAGCCAUGUAUAAUACAAGUGGAUCACAACAAACCAGGUCAUGGACUUUACAACUUGUCUAGUAAUGACCUGAACAAAAUAUUAGCUGGGAAAUUGCCAUUCCAAGUGAAAUCUGAUGGUGUGGAUGGACAAAACAUAGUUGCUAAAGAGAUUGCAUCUAAACUUGUUAAUCUUGCUAGUACUGAAAGUGUCGAACUUUCUCAGUCAGCAGUAGAUACAAUAUUAACUCAGAUGGCAUUGAAACAAAAAACAGCAGUUACUCCUAAAGAAUCAUCAGAAUCAUCUCUGCCCUUAAAGAAACGAAGGUUACAAGGCUAUAAAGAAGAAGGUGCACAACCUCCUGGAGAUGAUAUAUCAGUAGAACAAGAUCCUGCUAAGUCCGAAGCCUCAGCUGUACAAAAUGCGUAUGAAUCAAAAGAGAGAGUGAACCCAGUAGCAGUAGAUCCUUCUACUAGUCUGAUGUUACUGAAUGAGAUGCAGGUAGCCCUACAGCAAGAUGAUGACGGUGAUUUACCACUACAUAUAGCUGUUGUUCAUGAGAAUAUUGUUAUGGUCCAAAAGUUUGUACAUUUGAUGAGUAUAUCUGGUAAAAGUGUUGACAAAUUCAACAAAGCACAGCAGACACCAUUGCACAUAGCAGUAGAGCUGAAAUUUAUACAGGCAGUACAUACAUUGUUACUAGCUGGUGCUAAUCCUAAUCUGGUUAAUAAGAAUGGAGAAACCUGCAUCCAUAUAGCUGUCAAGUCAAACUCUGUUGACUGUCUUCAUCUUAUCUUCAAAUAUACUAUGAAACCAGACCUCAAUGCAAGAAACUUUGAUGGUCUGGCACCUAUUCACAUAGCUGUAAUGAGAAGUAACAUGGAAAUUGUCAGAUUUCUGCUGGCUGAGAGAGCUGAUGUCAACAUUCAGGAUGGUAAAAGUGGAAGAACUCCAUUGUUUUAUUCAGUUGAAGGUAACCUCAUACCUAUGGUUGAGUUGUUUCAGAAAGUGGGAGCAAAUUUAGAUCUCCCUAACUAUGCUAGUGUUACUGCUGUAAUGGCUGCCCAAGCCAGAGGCUUCCAUGAAAUAGCUUCCAUGCUUCUGAGAUGUAUGGAUUCCAAAGCUUAUCUGGAGAUGAAGGAAAGAGAAAAAGGAACACCUGUCAAAAAGGUUCCUAUUCCACGCAUUCCAAGUAAAUCACAUCUGAUUCAAGGUGUAGAUAGUAAACCAACAUUGGUAGAUUUCCAACAGUUAACAAACUCUGAUUCUAAUGACUCAUUACAGUCUUUCUCAGUCAUGAGAAAACGAGCAAGAAGUACAGAUGGUAAAAAAGAAAAAGACUCUAAUAAACAAGAUACAGAGAGCAAACAAGAGAAAAUGGAAAUAGAAGAAAGUACAAAAACAGAGGAAGACAUGAAACCUGUAGAAAAUGGCAUUCAGGAAAAUAAACUAGAAGUAGCCGUCCCAGAACAGCAAAAUCAGGUUCUGAUUCCCAGGGAAUUAUUGGAGAAACUUCAAAGUACAAUGUUAUCUCUACUGACUAUGCAAAAAUUACAACAGGCUGCUGGCAUUGCUCCAAGUUCUCCUACCUCUUUACCAAGUGUAGGGAAUUUACCAGUUCAAAAUGCUUUGUUGCAACGUGAGUCAUUACAGAAUACAUUACUGCGGAAUGCAGUGCAGAAUGCUAAUUUACAAAGUCCAAUUGUACAGAAUGCUGCUUCUCCAAGUGUAUCCAAACAAAACAGUGUACCACAAAAUGUGUUGGUACAAAACAGUUCACCACAAAGUGUAUCCAUACCAAACAGUACACAGCCAAGUGUAUCAGUGCAAAAUAAUAUAACACAGAGUGUACCAUUGCAAAAUGUGACUGGCAUGAAUCUUUCCAAUAUUUUACUCAAUGCUAUAAGUGCUAAUCUUCUGAAUACCCAAAAUAAAAGCUUGGAACCAAGUCCUGCUAAAAAUAAUAUGAUUGAAAAUGACAAGUCAAAAACUAGUAUGGAUACUAAUAAUAGCAUGAUUGAAAAUGACAUGCCUAAGAAAGGCCCACUUGAUUUAAAAGUAGUUAAAAAUGGAAGUACCAAUGAGAGCAAAAAGGAUACCGCUAAUUCUAAUAAAGGGAACGAAAAGUCAAAGGAAAAGACUAAAACUAAGCAUGCUGUGUUACAGCAAUUACUGAAUGUAAAAAAUAAUGACGCUGGAAAAAUGACUGAAAAGAAACAGAAAGUUGUGGACAAUACAAGAGUUGAAGAGCCAAUGGAGGUGUCAGAAUCCAGGAGUAGUACUCCUGAUAAUUCAUUAAAUAGUACAACAAAAACUGGCAAGGCAGUUGGUCAUGCUGCAAUGAACCAGCUCGGGCGAGUGACAAAUGUUUCAUCAUCGUUACAGGCAACUCUACUUCAGAUGCUUCAAGCAAAACAAAAUAAACCAUUAAACUUAAGCACUGGGAAAGAUAGCAGCAACACCUCAUAGUGAUUUUUCAUCUUUAUGUAUAAAAGAUUUUUGUGGCAUUCUAAACUAUUUUUAAUUUUUGUCAGUUUUUUUUAUUCAAAUUCUUACAGUUCAUACUCAUAGUUGCCAUUAUAUCGGUAAUCAUCUUUUUUGUUUGAACUUAAUCGGAUGAUUGAAAUAGUCUGUGGCUCUUUUCACAAAAAGAUGUUCGGAGUAAAAACACUUGAAAAAUUAAUGUAUAUUUCAGCAUAACAUACAAUUAUUUUUAAUCAUGGGAUUUUUUGUGAAAAGAGUGGCAGAACUGUAAUUACAAUAGAACUUCAUCAAUGCUUCAAGCCUUCUGCUCUCACUUUCCUUAAUUUUUGAAUCCACAUUUCAGUACUGCCUUAAUUUACUGUUGAAAAAGCAUUUUUUUUUUUUUAUAAGUUACUAUUUUUGUUGCAAGUGGUCUGUGCUAUUUAAAUUGCUACAAAAGCAUUUUAAUUGUUAUCUGUUGAUCUAGAAAUCAAAAUGGCUCAGACGAAAACAGCUUGAUUGUUGUAAUUUUAGCAUAAUAAUGUUGUGCAUCUGAUAGUUAAAAGAAAUUAGAAAAUUCAAGUAUUCCAGGAUAUAUCCAGGUCACUUUUUGGCAACAAAAAAAUACAUUGAUGUAUAGAAACAACCACAUUCGACUGUUUGGCAAAAUAGAUCUUUAAUAAUACAUAUACUUAACAUGCAACAAAUGACCUCUUUGAACAAGAAUAUAUCUGUGACAAUAAAAUGUAAGAUUGAUUUCAGCAAGAUUGAUAUAUCUUUUCUGCUUGUCAAAAAAUUGUGUAAAGUGCAAUUUGCUUAUGCCAUAAAAAUCUCUGCCAUGACGUCAUUUAACAUGUUUUAAAUUCUGUUAAAGUUAAAGCAUUUUUACCAUUAAAAGCAAACAAAUUAUAUAUUCACUAGCAAAAGCGGUGUAUAUUUUUCCUGUAUCAAAACCUGCAGUAACCUGAGUUAAACAAUUUGGCCCAACUAUAUUGUUUUUGUUAUUUUUAAACAAGGAGUUAUUGUUUUUGUUUAAAAAAAUGAUAAUAUUCUUUAUAAAUAUUUUUUAUAAAUGAAGAUUGUUCUUGUACAGUUGCAUAAGAUUUACAGUUAUAUAUGUUAUAAGGUUUUACUUGUACAUGUAGUUAGAAAGUGAAAGUGAACGUCAUCUUUUUGUACAUCAGAAUGAAUGUAUUACAUGUAUUAUGCAUAAUGUGUUACACAGAAAAUCUGUAAACUCUGCACUCUUAACAUAACUGGUUGGAAUAAGGACACAAAUAAAAAUCUGUUUUAUUCUUAAAUUUGUGGAUAUCAGUUGUAGCUUUGAUGGUUGCAAAUUUACAGAGCAACUAAUUUUGAGCUAUUAAAUGUUAGAUUGAUGCCAGCAACAUUGAAAUUUAAUACAGCUAAACCCUUUGAAAUGCAACUGUUAUAAUAAUAUACAAAAUUUACAUGUAUGUGGAAGGAAAAGAUGAUACCAAUUGCAAUGCUGAUGUAGAAUUGAUUUCUGAAGUGGUUAAUGAUUACCGAUCAGAGAUUGAUUUACAAAAGUGGGACAUAAAACUUCCUUUAUCGUCUUAGAUAUUAAAAUUUUAUGUUCAUGUAAUGAAAUGUCUACAUCAAUACUGAUGUCUUACAGGUUUUCUAUUAUUUUAACAAAUUCUUUCCUUGAUAUACUGGUUACAAUUUGUUAUGCUUUGUUCAGAUCAAAUUUAUAUAAUAAAUGAGAUGAAUAUGGUUUCAAUAAAUGUAUAGAGAGGAGAGGGUUGAUGAAAAACUAAGUUCAUCUUCCAAAUGAAAUUAAGCUUAGUAUUUAGGGGGGCUUUUAAAAAAUAAGAUAUGUCUGGGUUGCAUAUUCUCUUAAAGGAAUCCUUAUGAGUUUUAUAUAGAUUGGUAAGGUUUUUAAAAAAGUGCCCAUACAUUGUUAUUUCAGACAGUCCUUAGGUCCCUAAACAAGUUUUAGAUUUCAGUUCACACAGUUUCACAUAAUGUUUCACUUUUUUGUAUGCAAAUUUACUAAAUCUUGUUUAUUUCUUGAUAGUUUAUAAAAUUGCAACAAUGGCACUGCCAUGAAUAAAAGUACUGUAAAUUCAGAAAUUUUUGUGAGGUUUUUAUUAAUGCGAAUAAUGUGACUGGGUGAGCAUCUCGAUAAUAAGAUCUCACAUUCUGGUAUCUAAUCCAUAUAUCUUAAUGCACAUUUCCCUGAAAUCGCAAUAAUUAAUCUUGCAUUUUUGUCCAUUCUUCAAAAAUCGCAAUAAUAAAUGCACGCAAUAAUUUCUGAAUUUACAGCUAUAUGAAUUAGAAUUUGUAUUCCCCAAAUAAGGUCUUUCAUCAAAUAGGGUGUUUUACAACCGUGACUACCCAUGAGGGUCUUGCUGGGUCUGACAAAUGUAAGACCUUGUAUUAGUUUUUUUUUAUCAAUAAGAAUUCAAAAGACCAUUUAAAAACUUCAAAAGACUGGACCAAUGAUUUUCAUUGCAGCAGUUUUAACUUUGCUUCUUAGAAAAGUUUAUUACAUGCUUAGUUAAUUUAUAAAUAGUUUUCUUGCCAGACAGUUCUCACUGAUGGUUAAAGGUUUAUUAAUGUUAAGUUGAAGAUUCUUAUAGAAUAGAAUACUUAUAACACAUUAGUCUAGAUGCAUAAUCAUCACAUUAAAAAUGAAAUGUAUGAUUGACUAGGAGAUGUAUGAUGUUGGUAUAAGAGUAAAUGAAAGUUGACAGAAAUUUAUAAUUAGAAAUAAUUUUAUGAUAACCUAAAUAAAAGCCUUUUCAUACUCAGCAUUUUAAAUUUCUAGAAUCUUUAAGAUUUAUUCCCAUGGAUUUCUUGCAUUUUUGUAGUUACGUGUUUAUAUUUAGAGAGAGGGAAAACGAAGAGAUAAUCAUUUAAAUGAUUUAUUUAAAUUACAAAGGAAACUGUUCUUUAUUUCUUGAUUACAUUAUUGUGUGCAAGUUAUCUAAUGUGCACACAAUGUUGUUUUAUUCUGAUUAAAGGGGCAUUAGCUGUCAAAUUCAUGUUCACCGAUUUGACUCUUAUUCUCAUAUUUGAUUUAUAACAUACUAAAACGUAUAUCUAAAUUAUAAAAAGUCUAAAAUAAACAAUUUACAAUGCAUGGGCUUGAUAAUAUGUAUCAUCAUUUCGUGUGUAUUUUAGUCUAGACGCCAUCUAAUUAACCAUCGAGGUGACCUCCGAAGACUACCGACAGUCAUAUAACCCGAUAUAAACAUAAAUAUAGAUAUAAAUAGAUAGUGAACUCGUGCAACUGGAUUUUCCUAGGUCUGUUUGAUUUCAUAUUAUAGGUUAAAAAUAUAUGUUAAUCAUCGUUUUUACCUGUUUAAGAAUGAGUUUUUGUGGAUCGAAUUAGUCAAUCAAAUGGUUUACCCUUGUUUCACUUUCAUUGUUGACAUUCUUUUCCUUUCAAUAACUGAACUAAUUCAGGCAUAACCCAUCUCUAGCUAAGGGGUUAAAUUGAAGGUCACAUGAAUACGGAUUCAAUGAGGUCGAAUUAUUCACUUGCAACUAGCAAGUGAAUAAUUCAUCAGCGAUGUUUCUUAUCUUAUUUUGACAAAAUUGAACUAAACUGACUGUGAAAAGCGAAUUAUUAUUUCACUAUUUCACUUUCAUUAAUGAUUGAACAAAAAUUUUUUUUGUUCAAUCUCAUAGCUAAUGCCCCUUUAAGAAGUUACAACUUGAUUAGCUGCUUACGCUUUUAUAUCAUGACAUAAACAUGUUACUGCUUACGAGUUUGGUAAUGAUAAGCAUAGUAGACUUACCAGUCUGGUAAUGACUUACUUAUAAACUGGUAAGAUUGUUAGACCUACCGUUAGGUUUGAUCAUAUUUUUAAUCAGAUAGUUUAAGAUAACUGCCAUAUGAAAUGAUUAACAUAUCUUUACUUAUAUAUAUGACCCAUAUAUAUAUAUAUAUAUAUACAUGUAUAUAUAUAUUACCAGAUUUACUUCCAUAGUGUGCUAGAAUGUGUUUUAUGUCUGGUUUUAAACCAUUAAUUUGUUGGCAGCAUUUUUGUUGCAUUUGAAUUUUGUUAUUGCAUCAUUAAAUGUACAUUAUUAA